AAACCGAAAUAAGUUAAUCAAUUAUAGAAAAGAUAAAACUACAAAUAUCCAAAAAACUAGGGUUUGUCACCUUCUUUUUCAGUCUUUUUCUCUCCGCUCGGCAGCCGCAACCAAAGAGAGCUUCAGAGCGACAAUGACAACCGUCGUUCCAACCUCCGAAGAAGAUCCUGCGCUCGCCGUCGUCCGAUUCACGGCCGACCUCGCUUGGGCGGAUGCUGGUCCCGAUGUUGCGGAGCCGCAAGUGACGAGGCUUUGUAUGGAAGCGCAAGAGUGUAUGGUGAUGGGAAGAUGGCUGGAUUUGGCUUCUUUAAUGCUUACUUCUGCCGAUUUAGUCUUUUCCAAGGUCUCCGAUAAAGAUCUUGAGUGUAUCUUCACUGUUAUAUGCAAUCUUGUCUCAAAGCUUGAAAAUCCAGCUGAAGAACUUGAGGUGGCAAAACUCAUAUCCACAAAAAUCACUCAACAACCAAAUGACAAGCCUGCAAUGCGUUUAAAGAUUUUGUUUAAUCUCUAUAAUUUGUUGGAGGGACCAGAUAGCCGGUUCUUUGUAUACAUGCGAUCUUUAAAUUUGGCAUUGAAUGGGAAAGUUACUGAACAUAUUAUACCAUCUUUCAAAAAGAUUGAUAGUUUCUUGAAAGAGUGGAAUAUUGGGGUCAAGGAUCAAAGGGACCUCUUCCAUAACAUUGCAAAUGUACUGAAAGAAAACAAAAGUUCAGCAAAGGAUUCUUUCAAAUUCUUGACCAAGUAUUUGGCAACUUUCUCUGGUGAGGAUUCAUAUAGCAUGAGUGAAGCCAAGGAGGAAGCUGUGCUCACAAUUAUAGAAUUUGUGAAGGCACCAGACAUGUUUCAGUGUGAUCUAUUAGAUAUGCCUGCUGUUGGGCAAUUGGAGAAGGAUGCUAAAUAUGCAUUGGUCUAUCAGCUUCUGAAGAUCUUUCUGACUCAGCAGUUGGAUGCCUAUCUGGAAUUUCAGGCUGCAAAUUCUACUUUAAUGAAAAGUUAUGGUCUUGUUCAUGAAGAUUGUAUAACAAAGAUGAGGUUGAUGUCAUUGGUUGAUCUUGGCUCUAAUGAAUCUGGACAAAUUCCAUAUGCCCUCAUCAAGGAUACUCUACGGAUCAAUGAUGAUGAGGUAGAAUUGUGGGUUGUUAAGGCAAUAACUGCUAAGUUAAUUGACUGUAAAAUGGAUCAGAUGAAUCAGGUUGUGAUUGUGAGCCGCUGCACUGAGCGCAUUUUUGGACAGCAUCAAUGGCAGUCUCUUCGAUCAAAACUAGCAACAUGGAGGGGUAAUGUUGCCAGUCUAAUCAACACCAUUCAAGCAAACAAGGUUGUUGAAGAAGGCUUACAGGCGACACAAGGGAUGGCAAUUCGUUAGAGUUAUUCUUUUAUAGCUAUUUUUGUUAGCCAUUUUGUUUGUAAGACUUUGUUUAUCCAGAAUACAUCAGAUUGAGAGUGUGCACUACUUUGUACUCAAGGAUUCCCAUGGUUUUCGUUGGAUCAUGAUCCAAAUGAAUCGAAAAUUUUACAGUGCAAUUCUUGAUUCUAUUUUGUUCGCAAGCCUACCCAUGCCAAAUUUUGUCAGGAUGGAUCUUUAUUUUUUUCAUUAUUAUUAUAUUUUUAAGUGGGGGUGCCCUUCUGGAUGGGUAAGGUGCACACACACGCACACAAUAUGUAUGUCUAUGUAUAUAGAUCAAUGUUCGUGCAUUGGAAGAAGGGGCAAGACAUUAUGUAUCAUAAUUCAAGAUACUACAUAUAUUCAUGCAUUGGAAAUUAUUGAUACAAAACAUGCUGGUGUUUUAUAAUUGAACAUUAACAAAAAGGUACAAAGUUAACAAGAAUGUUAAAAGAAUCCUUUGAAACGUAAUACAAAAACCAAACAAGGUCAUUUAUAUAUGUUAGCAUAAAUAUGUAAGAGAACAAGAAGACAAACUUCCUAGGACAAAAGGGGGACUCUUUAACUGCCUGAAUGAGAGAUGGAGCUUGAGGUCCAAAU